AUGUUCAAGUUAGCGUGCAUCGUCCUCUCGCUGGCAGCAAUGGCGUCUGCUGGCUUCGUACCGGCCGCCCCUCUGGUCGCUGCCCCCGCGGCGGUCGCAGCAGCUCCGCUAGCAGCUCUUCCAGCGCCCAUCGUGACUGCCAGAAGUAGCCAAGUCGUCGCUAGGAACUACAACACGUUUGCGGCUGCACCUCUUGCAGCUGCACCUCUAGCAGCCGUGCACGCCGCAGUGCCUGCAGCGGUACCAGCAGCCUCACCGUUUGCCUUUGCUGCGCAUGCUGCACCCCUGUCGUACGCUCAUCUCGCCUACGCAGCUCCAUACGCCGCUCCAUACGCAUUGCCUUGA